AUGACUAAGCAAGGAAGUCGACGAGCCGUUAAGGCUUGUCGUUUCUGUCGUCAGCGUAAGAUGAAAUGCGACAAUAUACAUCCCUCAUGCAAUGCCUGUAACCUGUAUGGAAAAAAUUGUGUUUAUGAUGAGCUUCCCAGACGAGCAAGACCAUCCUACUCGCGUAUUUCUCAGCUCGAGGAAGAAAACCAGCAGCUUAAAAGAUCUUUGGCUACAGUACGCCCUCGAAAUGAGGACCGCAACGAGCGUUUAUCUUCAGAAUUGUCUGAAGAACAACCCACCAACGAACCUUCAGAUUCUAAUAGAGGAAAUACUGGCUUGCCAAGCUCUGCCCGACUUUUAAUCCCCUCAGAUAAUGCACAGCCAGACAACUGCUCACAGACUGUGGAAUCUAGGAUUGUCAUACCGCAGAGCAUACCAAAACUUGUCUUGCAUGUCACAAGUUCCGCCUGUGUGGGUGCAAAAGGGACUCAUGGCCGAGGCGGCAUGUCAGCGUAUGUUGUCCGUGAUACCUAUUGGCUCUUGCUAAAUCUUGAUUCAGGUCACAUGGAGAUAAUAAAUCUACACCAAAAGAAGCUGGACUUUGACGGUGUAGAUCCAGAUCUGGGUAUGCAUCUAUUGGAGCUCCACUGGAACCGUCAACAUCACGCUUUCCUGAUUACAUAUCGCCCAGCGUUCAUGAGGGAUAUGGCGUGCGGCGGACCUUAUUUCUCAAAGCUACUCUUGAACGCCAUAUACUUUGGCGCCUCAAAAUUUAGUUCUCGACUAGAGGUUCGUCGCGACCCGAAUGACGUCCGCACUGCUGGCUGGCUCUAUCGACAGCGAGUUCGAGAUUUACUCGGCGGAGCUCUUGACCGAAGUGACAUUACUACAAUCCAGGCACUUUUGGUGAUGGCAAGUUCGCUAUUUGCAUUGGGCGACGAACGAAGUGCUGCCUGGCUAUAUGCAGGUACUGCAUUUCGGAUGAUUAUUGACCUGGGUAUGCAUGUAGACGGGUCAAGAUUACCCAACUAUCGGAAAUUCACAGACGAAGAUCGCGAGAUACGGAGGCGUGUGUUUUGGGGAGCUUUUGUGGUGGACAAAAUCCAGAGUUUGUAUCAGGGCAGACCGGUUAGCCUUCAAGAACAGGAGUGUAACGUACCUAUUACGUUUUUGGAUGAUUUCGAAGAACUCGAACACUGGAAACCAUUCGCCUACUCGACGACUCAAAGCCAUCCUGGCUCGCCCGCCCAUAGCGUCUCCACAUUCACCGAGCUCUGCAAGCUGAGCAUGAUAAUGAACCGUAUACUGAACAAAGUGUACGGGGAAAGAAGCUCGAAGAGAACUCCACGAGAGCUUGCUGGGGAUUUGAAACUCCUCCACAGAAAUCUGGAUCAGUGGCGAGCUAAUCUUCCGGCCCAUCUGAGCUAUGAUCCAUCAAACACGACUAUGCCGAUUCCACCCCCGCAUGUUCUCUCUUUACUCGCUAUGCAUAACGUACUCCUUAUCCUCCUACAUCGUCCCUUUGUAUCCGAUGGAGACCUGCAUUCAAGUCCAUCCAACGCCAUAAACUCAUUUCUAGUGUGUGCCACUGCAGCCAAAAUGACAGUAAAACUGCUUCGGGCAUACGACACGGCCUUUUCCAUCCAACGAGCGCCUUAUCUAAUAUCGUAUGCCACAUAUGUCAGCGCAACAAUCCAUGUGCGAAUCGCAGCCCAGCGAGAACCCGGCUCUGAGGCUCAUGUGUGCCUCGCGACAUGCCUAGAUAUUUUUAAGAAAAAUCAAGAAACGAACUGGGCCGUGCGAAGAGCAAAUGUUAUCAUCCAGAAUUUGAUGAAUCGGAUGCAUGUGAGCAUUACGGAUGAACAUGUUCUCGACUCGCAAGAGUCCCAGGUUCAGCCCAAUAUUGGGCGUGACGAAAAUAACCUAAUUCAACUGGACGCUUCAAGUAUUCAAUCAAAUGAAAAUGACAGGACAAACCAGUCAUCGCAUAUUAUAAGACAGAAUAUGGAGUCAUUUCGUGGAGCGGGCGAUACUUCAGCUAUGGACCAGAUAACCUCUGAUUUAGAUAUUGAUGCCAUAAUACAGAGUUUUAUCCGCGAACAGCAGAGCAGGCCACAGGUUCAAAUGGCAGGAAAUGAUGCAUCGACAGUAUAUCAAACCGCGAACCAAUGGUUCCCUUCUGCAUCAUUUGUGACGGACAAUCUGCCCAUCCAGGAGCAUCACAGCACUCAAAAUCUUGUCCAGGGUGAUCCCUUUGGGGUAAACUAUUCGCAGGACGAGGGGAUUACAGCACAGUUUUCUGCAGAUGAUAUGCUUUUUGGAUUUAAUAGCUCAGCGAUUGAAGGAAUUGGGUGGGAAAUCGACGAUCGAAUGUUAUAA